AUGCUCGUCCGACUCGUCGUCUCGUUUUUGCUCCUUGGGGUAGUUCAAGCUGCCAUCAACUGUGAUGUUAUUCCAACAUCUUUGUGGUGUUCUAGCAAGGAUAUCGAGAAGGAAUGUGGAUUUACUCAACAAUGUGAUAAGCAUCGUUCUGCCACCCACAACCAGAAGAUCAACAUCACAGUCCUGAUUGAAGCUCUCUGCCCAGACUGUCAGAACUUCCUUGUCAAACAGCUCUACCCAAUUGUCUUUAAGAAUUUUGCUGACUAUGUUAACAUCGAACUUGUUCCAUUCGGAAAUGCCAAGGUUUUAGCUGAUGGAACUAUCAAAUGCCAACACGGAGAAGAAGAAUGCUCAAUUAACAAGUUCGAAGGAUGUUUCAUUGACUCAAUGGCCGAUCAAAGUCCCCUUCCAACUCUUGCUUGUAUUGAGGAGAGCCUUCAGAAGAAGGUCGAGUUCGCAGAUGCAGUUCAACAAUGCUUCGAGAAGCUUCAAAUUGGAGGAGAUAUCCAGAGAUUGACACAAUCCUGCUUGGUGUCGAAACUCGGAGCUGAUCUUCAAACCAAGGCAGCUGCAACCACUAACAAUGUCUGGCCAGAACAGCACAAGUUUGUCCCGUGGAUUGUCAUCAACGGAGUCUCUCUGACUUCUCUCCAAGGAUUCCAAAACCAACUUCCAACUCUUCUCUGUGAAUGGUAUUCCGGUGACAAAGCCAUCCCAUUCUGUGAGGCAGCUCUCAAAUUGAAGUACAAGAACGCCAGUGUCCGCCACUUCUUCUAA